AUGCCGUCCGAGAAAGAAAUUAUAAUUAUUGGUGGCUCCUAUGCUGCAAUUCAUGCCUUCAAAACAUUAUGCGGAAAGAAAGAUACCUCUCUAAAUAUCACUUUAAUUUCACUGUCUGUGCAUGCAUUCUUUAAUAUUGCUACACCUAGACUCAUAAUUGAACCAGAAAAAACAUCACAGGCAGUUUUUCUUUUGGAAGAUACUUUGAGAAAGCAUGCCAACGGGAUUAAAUUUAAGUUUAUUAAAGGACAUGUCAUUUCUACUGUCUUUAAAAGUCAAAAUAUUGAAGUCGAAGUUGAAGGGCAAAUUAAAGACUUGAAAUAUGACUACUUAAUUAUUGCAACCGGUACUAGGUCGGACCAAAAGUGGAUGAAAGUAAACGAAAAUUCUGAUGAGUCAAUCAAUGAAUUGAAAAAGUUGAGCGAGGACGUGAGGGCUGCUGAAAGCAUAGCGGUCGUUGGGGCAGGACCGACUGGUGUUGAGAUUGCAGGUGAAUUAGGUUUUAAUUUCGGAAAAGAUAAGAAAAUUACAAUCUACACUGGUGCCAGCGGUCCCCUUUCUCUGUUAGGAUCCAAAUCGUCUACGACUGUGACAAAUUUGUUGAAACUCGCUAAUGUCUGUAUUGUUAAUAAUCUCAAAGUAGACGAAACCCAUAAAGUUGGAAAUCUUCAAAAGCUAAGUUUAAGUGAUGGCUCGACAAAAGAGUUUGACCUAGUAGUACCAACUACAGGUCUAAAACCAAAUUCUGAUUUCAUAGAAGACGAAUAUUUGGAUGAUAACGGUUACCUCGUCACAGACAAAACAUUUCGAGUUAAGGAACAUCCCGAAGUCAUUGGCUUGGGUGAUAUUUUAGCACUAAGUAAUAAUACUCUCGUUAGUUUUGAAUAUUAUCAAAAACAAGUCUUCAAACCCACUAUUGAGAAUGUGAUAUUUGGUGUGAAAAAUUCUCGGUUGAAGGAAUUUAACACUCCCGCCACAACCAUACUUGUUCCAGUCACAAAGAACAGGGGCUUACUUCUAAUUUAUGGAUGGUCGUUCCCGAGUAUUAUCGCAAACUUCGUGGUGAGAGUAGCUAAAGGAAAAGAUUACAUGUUACUGCAGGCAGCACUGUAUCUAGCGUGA